AGAUGCAAUCAACUAAUUUUGCUUGUCCUCAUCAGUCACUUACUUUUCUUCAGAAGGAGAGACAGAAUGAGAGAUCACUCUAUUACCUUGUUACUCUGAUAGUCUGAUUUGCUCGUCACUCUUUUGGCUAUCUCUUUGUUCUGUCUAACUCUUCUCAGAACAUGAUGCAUUAUCAACUUCACAUCACUCAAAUGGGUUCGAAAUAUAGUUUCGUUGUGGCGCUUCUCUUGUUCAUUUUCCACCCUGUGGUUCUCUCUGGACCUACUAAUGGGAUGAUAAGAAUUGGAUUGAAAAAGAACAAACUAGAUCAAAGCAAUGUGCUCAGCCGAAGACAUAUUGAAUCUGGGGGUUUUUAUCAGGAUUCUUUUGAUGACACUAGUAUUAUUCGGUUGACUAACUAUAUGGAUGCUCAGUAUUUUGGUGAGAUUGGUAUUGGGAAUCCUCCUCAGAAAUUUACUGUGAUAUUUGACACUGGAAGUUCCAACCUUUGGGUUCCUUCCUCUAAGUGUUAUUUUUCUGUUGCUUGCUAUUUGCACUCAAGAUACAAGUCAAGCCAAUCUAGCACUUAUAAUGAAAACGGGACAUCAGCUGAAAUCCAUUAUGGGACUGGGCAAAUUUCAGGUUUCUUUAGCCAGGACCAUGUCCAGCUUGGAGAUAUGAUUGUUCAGAACCAGGAUUUUAUUGAGGCAACCAGAGAGCCUAGCAUCACAUUUUUGGCAGCCAAAUUUGAUGGCAUUCUAGGGUUAGGAUUUCAAGAGAUAUCUGUUCAGAGUGCUGCUCCUGUCUGGUAUAAUAUGCUCAAUCAACAACUUCUAGCACAACCAUUAUUUUCAUUCUGGUUGAACCGCGAUACUGAUGGGGAAGAAGGCGGUGAGAUUGUAUUUGGUGGAGUUGAUUCAGAUCAUUACAAGGGUGAGCACACAUAUGUUCCAGUUACUCAGAAAGGUUAUUGGCAGUUUGAAAUGGGAGAUGUCCUAAUUGAUGGCGAAACAACUGGAUUAUGUGCAGCUGGUUGCUCUGCAAUUGCUGAUUCUGGAACCUCUUUAUUAGCUGGCCCAACGUCUGUCAUUGCUCAAAUCAAUAAUGCAAUUGGAGCUGCUGGCGUCGUGAGCCAAGAAUGCAAGGCAGUGGUAGCACAAUAUGGAAAAACCAUAUUGGAUAAGAUGGUGAAUGAGGCUUUGCCACAACAAAUCUGCUCUCAAAUUGGAUUAUGUAGUUUUGAUGGUGCUCAAGGUGUAAGUAAUGACAUUCAGAGUGUGGUUUAUAAAAACAAAGAGAACAACAUAUCUGAUGGUUUGAAUGAUGCUGGAUGCACUGCUUGUGAGAUGGCUGUGGUGUGGAUGAAAAAUCGGCUACGAUUGAAUGAGACAGAAGAUCAAAUCUUAGACUACGUCAACGCGCUCUGUGAUCGGCUUCCGAGUCCAAAUGGAGAAUCAAUAGUUGAAUGCAGCACUCUAUCUAAGAUGCCUAAUGUUUCAUUCACCAUUGGAGGCAAAGUGUUUGAACUUUCUCCAGAACAGUACAUUCUUAAAGUGGGAAAAGGAGCUACAGCACAGUGCAUUAGUGGAUUCAUAGCUUUAGACAUUGCUCCUCCUCGUGGACCUCUAUGGAUUCUGGGGGACAUUUUCAUGGGAAGGUAUCACACAGUGUUUGAUUAUGGCAACAUGAGAGUUGGAUUUGCUGAAUCAGCAUAGGUCUGGGAAGAGACUACUGCAGAUCAAUUUCACCAGAAUAUUAUGAUAUUUAGAAAAGUGGGAGCAAUUAAUGUAUUAUUGUAAAUUCUUGUCUUAUGAUCUUAUCCAAUACAUAGUGCCUCUACAAGACACUAUAACAAAAUCUAAAUUUGUGAGUAAGUGUUUGUAAAUACUCUAAAUAAAGAAUAUAGUAGUUGGAAACCAGA